CAUUUCAGUAUUAUAUUUAUCUUUCUGUGAUAAGUUAGUUGGCCUUUUUUUUGAGUAAAAGUUACUUUCAGGUUCCACUAUACAAACACAUUUCUGAUCUUUCUGGCAACACGAAUCUGAUUCUUCCUGUCCCCGCCUUCACUCUCAUAAGUGGUGGAAAACAUGCUGGGAACAAUAUAGCUCUGCAGGAAAUUAUGAUUCUCCCAAUUGGAGCAAAGAAAUUCGAGGAGUCAAUGCAAAUGGGCUCUGAAACCUAUCAUCAUUUAAAGGUUGUAAUUACAGAGAAAUAUGGUGCACAUGGGUGUAAUGUUGGUGAGGACGGUGGUUUUGCUCCAAACAUCUCCAGCUUUAGAGAAGGUCUAGAUCUUGUUAAGGAGGCCAUUAGCAGAACAGGGUAUAAUGAGAGAAUAAAGAUAGCGAUUGAUGUUUCUGCUACUGAUUUCUGCAUAGGUACAAAAUAUGAUUUGGAUUAUAGAUCUCCACAUAAAUCAGGACAAAAUUUUAAGUCAGGAGAGGAUAUGAUUGCGAUGUACAAAGAACUGUGUGCAGAAUACCCUAUUACCUCCAUUGAAGAUCCAUUUGACAAGGAGGAUUGGGAACAUGUCAAGUAUUUUUCUGGGCUAGGGAUUUGCCAGGUUGUGGGAGAUGACUUGCUGAUGUCAAAUCCAAAACGCAUUGAGAAAGCCAUACGUGAAUCUGCUUGCAAUGCUCUUCUUUUCAAGGUGAAUCAGAUAGGGACAGUUACAGAGGCCAUUGAAGUAGUGAAGAUGGCAAAAGAUGCCCACUGGGGAGUGGUGAUAGGUCAAAGAAGUGGAGAAACUGAAGAUUCUUUCAUAGCCGACUUAUCUGUUGGCCUUGCCGCAGGUCAGAUCAAAGCUGGUGCACCUUGCCGAGGAGAGCGACUAGCUAAGUACAACCAGCUGCUUAGAAUUGAAGAAGAGAUCGGUGACCAAGCAGUGUAUGCUGGUGAGGAUUGGAGACAGUCUUGAUCUCAUGUUUUUGUUCCCAUUUUUUCUUCUUGAGAACUUCAGUUAUCUGAAGCUUACCAAUGUAGUAGCUGUUGUCUCAAUGUUUCUUUUCACAUAGACUUUGAUAUGCAAGUAAGUUGCAGUUUUGUUGAUAGUUGCGGGGCUUUUGUUGAGUGAGAUUGCAUUUUGUUUUUCUUGUAAGCCAAAUUUCUGAAAAUUUGAGUGUAUUAUUUGAUGAUACGAGAUUUGGGAAUGCAAC